UGUGUAUUGAGAGUAUGGAAAGAUGUUUCUUGCAGUCUUUUGUCGAGGAGAGCUGAAGAGGGAAGACGCAUGUGGAGAGAGCUGGUAGACCACCGGACAGAGUGGACUGGGAUCUGAGGGUCCGAAGGUCGGCGACGUUAGGAGGAGACCGAUGGUGGAAGAAUGGCGAAUGAGUUUGUGACUGAUGGUACAUUACACAGCAUCCACACAAACGUGAUUACCCAGUUUGGCGGGGCCGAAGGCUGAUUCCCCUGGAUGAACGCGAGCUGGGUGAGCCUGAGGGUUACAUUUCUAUAUUUCUAUGUUUCUAGUGUCUACAGGGACUUCCCCACUGUUUCUCCAGUGUUCACAGGAAAUUCCCCAAUUUUUCACAGUGAUUACAGGAAAUUCCUCAGUGUUUACAGAGACUUCCCCAACGUUUCCCCAGUGUUUACAGGGACUUCCUCAAUGUUUCCCCAGUGUUUACAGGGACUUCCUCAAUGUUUUCCCAGUGUUUACAGGGACUUCCUCAAUGUUUUCCCAGUGUAUAAAGGGACUUCCCCAGUGUUUACAGGGACUUCCCCAAUGAUUGCCCAGUGUUUAAAGGGACUUCCCCAGUAUUUCCCCAGGGUUUACAGGGACUUCCCCAGUGUUUACAGGGACUUCUCCACUGUUUCCCCAGUGUUGACAGGGAAUUCCCAUGUUUCCCCAGUGUUUACAGGGACUUCCCCAAGGUUUGCCCAGUGUUUGCAGGGUCUUCCCCACUGUUUCCCCAGUGUUUACAGGGACUUUCCCCAAUGUUUCCCCAGUGUUUACAGGGAAUUCCCCAUUUCCCCAGUGUUUACAGGGAAUUCCCAAGUGUUUAUAGAAAACUUACCAGUGUUUAUAGAGACUUCCCCAGUGUUUCCUGGGACAUCCCCACUGUUUCCCCAGUAUUGACACGUACUUCCCCAGUGUACCCUGGGACUUCCUCACUGUUUCUCCAGUGUUUAUAGGGACUUCCCCAAUGUUUGGAUGCAAUGUGAGGAUGCAAUAUUACAAACGGUAGAUCUCCUAAUGGGAAACAAGUUAGGACAAGUGACGGAAGUGUGUGUAGGAGAGCACUUUGGUUCCAGUGAUCAUAACACCAUUAGUUUCAACUUGAUCAUGGAUAAAGAUAGAUCUGGUCCUAGAGUUGAGGUUCUAAACUGGAAGAAGUCCAAAUUUGAAGAAAUGAGAAAGGAUCUAAAAAGCAUGGAUUGGGACAGGUUGUUCUCUGGCAGGGAUGUGAUCGGUAAGUGGGAAGCCUUCAAAGGAGAAAUUUUGAGAGUGCAGAGCUUGCAUGUUCGUGUCAGGAUUAAAGGCAAAGUGAAUAGGAAUAAGGAACCUUGGUUCUCAAGGGAUAUUGCAGCUCUGAUAAGAAGAGAGAGUUGUAUGACAUGUAUAGGAAACAAGGGAGUAAAUAAGGUGCUUGAGGAGUAUAAAAAGUGCAAGAAAAUACUUAAGGAGGAAAUCAGGAGGGCUAAAAGAAGACAUGAGGUUGCCUUGGCAGUCAAAGUGAAGGAUAAUCCAAAUAGCUUUUACAGGUAUAUUAAGAGUGAAAGGAUUGUAAGGGAUAAAAUUGGUCCUCUUGAAGAUCAGAGUGGUCGGCCAGGUGCGGAACUAAAAGAAAUGGGGGAGAUCUUAAAUGUGUUUUUUGCAUCUGUAUUUACUAAGGAAACUGGCAAGAAGUCUAUGGAAUUAAGGGAAACAAGUAGUGAGAUCAUGGAAACUGUACAGAUUGAAAAGGAGGAGGUGCUUGCUAUCUUGAGGCAAAUUAAAGUGGAUAAAUCCCCAGGACCUGACAGGGUAUUCCCUCGGACCUUGAAGGAGACCAGUGUUGAAAUUACAGGGGCCCUAGCAGAUAUAUUUAAAAUGUUGGUGUCUACGGGUGAGGUGCUGGAGGAUUGGAGAAUGGCUCAUGUUCUUCCAUUGUUUAAAAAAGGAUCAAAAAGUAAUCUAGGAAAUUACAGGCUGGUAAGUUUGACGUCAGUAGUGGGUAAGUUAUUGGAGGGAGUAUUAAGAGACAGAAUCUACAAGCAUUUGGAUAGACAGGGACUUAUUAGGGAGAGUCAACAUAGCUUUGUGCGUGGUAGGUCAUGUUUGACCAAUCUAUUGGAGUUUUUCGAGGAGUUUACCAGGAAAGUGGAUGAAGGGAAGGCAGUGGAUGUUGUCUACAUGGGCUUCAGUAAGGCCUUUGACAAGAUCCCCAUUGGAGGUUAGUUAGGAAAAUUCAUUCGCUGGGUAUACAUGGAGAGGUGGUAAACCAAGGGUUUAGAUGGGGCAGAGUUUGUUAAGUGUAUCCAGGACGGAUUCCUGUCACAGUAUGUGGACAGGCCAACUAGGGGGAAUGCCACACUGGAUCUAGUACUAGGUAAUGAACUGGGUCAGGUCACAGAUCUCUCAGUGGGUGAGCAUCUGGGGGACAGUGACCACCGCUGCCUGGCCUUUAGCAAUACCAUGGAAAAGGAUAGAAUCAGAGAGGACAGGAAAGUUUUUAAUUGGGGAAGGGCAAAUUAUGAGGCUAUUAGGCUAGAACUUGUGGAUGUGAAUUGGGAUGAUGUUUUUGCAGGGAAAUGUACUAUGGACAUGUGGUCGAUGUUUAGAGAUCUCUUGCAGGAUGUUAGGGAUAAAUUUGUCCCGGUGAGGAAGAUAAAGAAUGGUAGGGUGAAGGAACCAUGGGUGACAAGUGAGGUGGAAAAUCUAGUCAGGUGGAAGAAGGCAGCAUACAUGAGGUUUAGGAAGCAAGGAUCAGAUAGGUCUAUUGAGGAAUAUAGGGAAGCAAGAAAGGAGCUUAAGAAGGGGCUGAGAAGAGCAAGAAGGGGGCAUGAGAAGGCCUUGGUGAGUAGGGUAAAGGAAAACCCCAAGGUAUUCUUCAAUUAGGUGAAGAACAAAAGGAUGACAGGAGUGAAGGUAGGACCGAUUAGAGAUAAAGAUGGGAAGAUGUGCCUGGAGGCUAUGGAAGUGAACGAGGUCCUCAAUGAAUACUUCUCUUCGGUAUUUACCACUGAGAGGGAACUUAAUGAUGGGGAGGACAAUAUGAGUGAGGUUGAUGUUCUGGAGCAUGUUAAUAUUAAGGGAGAGGAGGUGUUGGAGUUGUUAAAAUACAUUAGGUCGGAUAAGUCCCUGGGGUCUGACGGAAUAUUCCCCAGGCUGCUCCACGAGGCGAGAGAAGAGAUUGCUGAGCCUCUGGCUAGGAUCUUUAUGUCCUAGUUGUCCAUGGGAAUGGUACCGGAGGAUCGGAGGGAGGCUAAUGUUGUUGUUAUCCCCUUGUUCAAAAAAGGAAGUGGGGAUA